AUGGCAAUAUCAGUAGACAAAGCCGGAUUACUACGUUUCCUUGCUUUUUGGGUUGCCUCCAGAAGUGGAACUUCUGGCAUUCGACUCUACAUUGCUAUCUACAGCUUUUUCUUCACUCUCGGAGUUGUGGUCGGAAAUGACCCUGUCAUUCUUUCUGGGGUGCCAUUCCUGGCUUAUUUUACUCAAGAAAUGCAAAUAAAUCCGCCAACAGCUUGGAUCUUUGGCCAGUUUGUCAUCGCUAAUAUUGCGUCUGCUGUUCUCGUCUCAUCAAAUCCUACGAACCUAGUUUUGAGUGGUGCAUUUUCUAUCUCUUACUUCACCUAUACGGCCAAAAUUAUUGUCCCUGUAGUGGUGGCAGCAAUCAUUAUUCUUCCGGUCCUACUCUUCUUAUUCCGCAAACCUGGAUUGAUCCCUCGAGAAAUUAAACCGAUUACACUUUCACCUAGAUCGGUGCUCGUGGAUCCAUUCGGUGGCAUUUUCGGUGGAACUCUACUCAUCCUUACACUCUGCACAUUGGUGGGCACAAGCAUUCUCCACCCUCAAGUCUUUCUUGUUACUGUACCACCGGCAGUCAUCGUCUUCAUUCGAGAUGUGCUAUAUGACUUGCGUCGUUAUCGCAAGCAGGUACAAAAAGGGAAAGAGGAUCCUACACCCAUAACGGAAAAAUCUGCCGCCAUCCCAGAUCCAGCUGCUCUCAAGAUAGAGACGCGCAAAGGAAUGGAUACAGAUCUCGAGGUGGCUACUGAGACCGUAGAAGCUCACCCGCCGACUGGGUUAUUGUCCCAUCAGACCAGUCGCACCCUCAUUGUACCACAAGAGGAGUUAUAUAACACCAUGGACCCACAAACCCAAGCCGUUGAAGCUCCUGCAAAGCCCGAGAAUGAAACUAUGAAAGGGCACCACGAAUCCAUACAAGGCCUUGGUGUUAAUGGAUGGGUAGACGUUUGGGCACACUGGUGGGGAGCACGGGUGCAUAGAACUGGGGCUGUCGGAACCAUCUUUGUUGUUUGGAACAAACAUUGGGGCAACGAUUCUCCUAGCAAGGGUCCUUCAAACAUGGAUCCAAUCGUCGUCUCCCUCACCACGAAUCAAAGAUGGAGCGAUAUUCGCUCUAGCUCUUGGCUCCAACUAUGGAGCAUUCACAUUCUCUUUCCCUGCCUCUCUCGCAGGGCUCUUGUGGCGCCGCCUACUCCUUCAGAAGAACAUCAAG